UCUCCUGAGUGUGCUUUUAUAUCAAAGAGAGAACAUCUUCGAGAGCUCAAAGAAACCUCACCGGCAGCCAAACUAGCUUCACAAGCUCUUCUCAGUUUCGGAUUGUUCUUUCACUCUCUGACGGUCAAACCUCUCCGGUUCUCGCCCUUAUAUUCUCAUAGCUCCGCAAUCAUGGCAGACGAGAAUCAGAACGACGUGAAGGAGGAGGUCGCGGAAAUUGUUCCAUUUGAUCCUACUAAGAAGAAGAAGAAGAAGAAAGUUGUUAUUCAGGACCCUGCCGAUGACUCUGUAGACAAGUUGGCUGAGAAAACUGAAAGCCUUUCAGUUGCUGAUGGGCUUGAAAGUACUUUUUCUGGAUUGAAAAAGAAGAAGAAGAAGCCAGUUGAAAGCAGUAGUUUGAAUGAUGAGGGUGGUGAUGCAGGGGAAGAUUUGGAUGAUCAUAAUGCAGAAGAUGAAGAAGGGGAAGGAAUUGUCCUACAGUCACGUAAUCCUUGGGAAGGUAGUGAUCGUGAUUAUGAAUACGAGGAGCUUCUUGGUCGGGUGUUUAACAUUCUUCGGGAGAAUAAUCCUGAGCUGGCGGGAGACAGGCGUAGGACAGUUAUGAGGCCCCCGCAAGUUCUUCGUGAGGGAACAAAGAAAACUGUUUUUGUGAAUUUCAUGGAUCUUUGCAAGACAAUGCACCGACAGCCAGAUCAUGUCAUGGCUUUCUUGCUGGCUGAGCUGGGGACUAGUGGAUCACUUGAUGGACAGCAAAGGUUAGUUGUCAAGGGGAGAUUUGCACCCAAGAAUUUUGAAGGAAUAUUGCGGCGAUAUGUCAAUGAGUAUGUCAUUUGCCUUGGAUGCAAAAGCCCUGACACUAUACUUUCGAAGGAAAAUCGUCUAUUCUUUCUCAGAUGUGAGAAGUGUGGUUCUGGACGAUCAGUUGCCCCGAUUAAAGCUGGUUUUGUUGCUCGUGUUGGCCGCAGAAAUGCUGGGACAUGAUCCAGUCUCAUCCCUUCUUCUAGUUGGAUGUUCAUGGCUUUACUGUAUGGACCUCUACUUGUCUUUACUACCGACUAAUCAAAGAGAGGUUUUUAAUUAGGACUUACAAGUUUUGUUGUGUGAGUUUGGAAAUGGAGGUGAGAGUUCUCUCUCUUGUUGAAUCCCAUGUAAUGCUUCUGCCUUAAAUAUAUCGGCCAUUAUGUGGACCUAUUGCUUUUAUUUUUGUUCCCAUUACAUGCUUUAUGAAAAUUACGAGGAUGGCAACAGGCUUUUUUUUA